CUGAACGGGAGCGGAGCGCAGGUGGAGGUUUGCGGACAGGAUGGCUCUGCGCUCUGCGCCCCUGUUGCUUCCGGCGUUGGUGGCGGUCGCCCUUCCGGAGAGCUGCUUCGGCUCCUCCUCACACUCCCUCAUGUAUUUCUGCACUUCCGUGUCAGAGCCCAGUCAGGGGUUGCCCCAGUUUGUCUCUCUGGGGUACGUGGACGCUCAAGUCUUCGUUUACUAUGACACCAGCAGCAGGGUGCUGCAGCCUCGAGUCUCCUGGAUGGAGGAGGUGGGGAAGGAGGACCCCCAAUUUUGGGACACUCAGACCCAGCUAGCACAUAGCAGUGAGGUGAUCUUGAGAGCAGGCCUGGAGGCUCUGAGGACUCUCUACAAUCAGAGUGAAGGCCUUCACGGCUGGCAGAUUAUGUGCGGCUGUGAGCUCCAGGGAGAUGGGAGCAAAGGAGGGUUUUUCCGCUGUGGAUAUGAUGGGAGGACUUUCAUCACCUUUGACAAGGAGACCCUCACCUGGGUGGCUCACAACCCCCAGGCCCAGAUCACCCGGAGGAAAUGGGACUCUAUUCCAGGAUAUAAUCAGAGACUGAAGACCUACCUGGAGGAGGAAUGCAUUGAGUGGCUGGAGAAGUUCCUGUCCUACGGGAAGGAGAUGCUGCUGAGGACAAAGGCCCCACAUGGGUCUGUGGCCCCCAAUGCAGAUGGGACCUACCACUACUGGCUCAGCAUCCAGAUUGAUCCCCAAGAGAGGGACCGCUAUCGGUGUCACGUGGAGCAUGACGGCCUGCAGGAGCCUGUGGACGUGGACGUGAAGGUUCCAGAAUCCAACCCGGGGCACAUCAUUGGCUGCCUUCUGGCUGCUGUUGUCCUGGUGAUUGCUGUGAUUGUUGGGAUCUUGAUGUAUCGCAGUAAGUAUCCUGUAACCACCUUUGCUGGGUGGUUGUGGAGGAAGGUGAGGAGAUUCCUCCCAAGUCUCUCCCUUUGGGAGCUCCUUCUGGACUGGCUUCUUCCCGGUUUUCCCAGCCCUCUUUGGGAGCAUCUGAAAUGUCGGCCUCUUGCUGGGACUCGUCUUGACUCAGUGGAGUCUGCGGUCCGGACAGUCCCGUCUUCUUCUUAG